AUGAUCGACUCCAUUUCUCAAUCGUCUUAUAGGCCUAUUGAUCUUUCUGAACAUUUGUUUUCUAAUACUUUUGCGAUAAUUUGCAGGAUUGCUUGUGGCAGAUCGAUGUUCACUGGACAACAUUCAAAGCUAAAGAAGAAUUUUCAUGAACUCGAUAAUUUCUUACAACAGGUCAUCGACCAGCGCAUCAAGUCAGAUCGGAGGAGGCCUGUAUCACAACAGCAAGACAUCAUUGAUAUCUUGCUUGGACUAGAAAAAGAUGGAGUUGGUCCAGUUCAAGUCACUCAAGAUCGUAUCAAGGCACUCCUCAUGAAUAUUUUUGUAGGUGGCAUAGUUACAACUAGUAUUACAAUUGUGUGGGCAAUGGCAGAACUUAUUAAGAACCCAAGGAUAAUGAAGAAAGUGCAAAACGAAGUAAGAAAUUACCUAGGCAAGCAAGGGAAAGUUGAAGAAACAGAUCUUGAUCGGCUUCAUUACUUGAAGAUGGUGUUGAAGGAGACUUUAAGACUCCAUGCUCCAGCUCCAAUGUUAUUUCAAGAGAAAGCAUGA